UGAUCAGCUGACCGAGCCGGGGGAGGAAGAGGAAGAAGAAAGAUGGAAGGGAACAGGGACGAAGCUGAAAAAUGUAUAAAUAUAGCUUCGAAAGCGCUCGAAGCUGGUGAUAAAGAGAAGGCGUCAAAGUUUCUAAACAAAGCGGAGAAGCUCUACCCCACGGAGAGAGCCAAAGUGCUUUUGGAUGCGCUGACUAAGAAUGGCAGCUCGGCGGGGAACGGAGCCCACUGCAGGCGGCGGCCUGCGAGCAGCGGGGAGAGUAACGGCUUGCACGCAGACCAGGAGGGCCAUGAUCAGGCAGGAGGAGGGGAGGCCGCCAAGAUCUUCACCAAGGAUCAGGUGGAGGGCGUGCAGAGGAUAAAGCGGUGUAAGGACUACUACGAGGUGCUGUGCAUCAAUAAAGAAGCCGGCGAUGAGGACCUGAAGAAGGCCUACAGGAAACUAGCGCUCAAGUUCCACCCAGACAAGAACCAUGCGCCUGGAGCCACUGAGGCCUUCAAAAAGAUCGGCAAUGCGUAUUCCGUGCUGAGCAACGCUGACAAAAGAAGACAGUAUGACCUCACAGGGGGGGAGGAGCCUAGCAGUCCAGGCCAGGCCCAGCCAGGGGGCUUCGACUUCCACAGGGGCUUCGAGGGGGACAUCACUCCUGAGGACCUGUUCAACAUGUUCUUCGGUGGCGGGUUCCCCUCCUCGAGUACACACACCUUCACCAACGGCAGGGCACGCUACAGCCAACAGACGGAUCAAAGACAGGAGAGGGAGGAGAGGGCAGACGGUGGCUUCUCAACGUUCAUUCAGCUGAUGCCCAUCUUGGUGCUGAUCCUGGUGCCCAUUCUGAGCCAGCUGAUGGUGUCAACUCCACCCUACAGCCUGUACUCCAGACCGUCGACCGCGCAGACGGUGAAGCGGCAGACAGAGAAUCUGCGUGUGGACUACUACGUCACCCGGGACUUUAGGUCUGAAUUCAAGGGCAACAAGCUGCAUAACAUAGAGAAGAACGUGGAGGAGGACUACGUGUCCAAUGUUAGAAAUAACUGCUGGAAGGAGAGGCAGACAAAAACAGACCUCCUGUACGCUGCCAAGGUGUACAGGGACGACCGAAUGCGCAAGAAGGCCGAACUAAUGACCAUGGACAACUGCAGGGAGCUGGACAGACUUAACGACCUAUUCCGAGGGGGAUGAGCUGGGGACGCCCCGUUUUAAAUCUUAUAAAUGUAUAUGAUAGAUGUAUGUACAUGUUUUUUAAGGAAAUAUCUUUGAGGUAGACGUAAAGAAAAUAAAAAUGACUAAAAUGCUUUAGCCUUACUGUUGAGAUUUUAAGGAGUCCCGUCAUACCCUAUUUUUCCUAUUCCUAUCACCCCACCCUCUCCUCUCGGCCCAUCCGUGUCCCGGAAUCUACCUUUUUUAUUAUUAUUUUUUGUAUUAUACUGAACCAUUCUCACCAUAUACUAGAAGCCUCCAUGCAUCCUGAUUUUCUUUUUCUGGAACAAAGGAAAAAGACACUUGAUUGUAAAGUGGAAAGGGACUUGUGGCCAACAACAGGGAUUCUUCAAAUGUCCUCAUCUCAACCUGAACAUCUACAUUUUCCGCUUACUGUAUAAAGAAAGAAAAGCUGUAUUUAUUAUGGAGACUGUCGAUUUUUCUGAAGUACCUGUCCUAGCUGCCCUAGAGCGGCUUGUGGAGAACAUAAAGAACCUAAUUGAAUGCUUCCUGGCUACCGACCCACCCAUGUAGAUGUUUUGGACAUGGACCGAGAACAGUACAACUUUGAUUUUGCUGCUCAAGAACAUUGUAUAUUGUCUUCUCAAAAUGUGAAGUUGUUGGGACAUAGGCUGAAGGACUGCAUUGAAGCUGUUAUUAUGAAUACCUUGUUUCAUUUUUGAAUGUUUGGAUUUUAUGACAUUAUUUAAGUAGAGAAACUUUUUCUUUAAUGCUCGACUAAUCAUUUGAAUAAAGUAGAAUAUGUGACCAUCUUGA